UACCUCAGAUUGCCGGGCGCAGAGUGUGUUUACUUUUACUUCUUGUAAUAUCUCUCGCAAGGUCGCGCGUCGCGUAAAUAUUGCAUCACGAUGCGCAGGUGCCCGCACGCGUUGUAAAAACAGGCUGUUUAUUGGGAUUUUUUCGUCUGUAGUUUUACGUGAAGUAAAGCAGACCCUAAUGCAAUCCCAGCCUUUUUGUUUUGUUGCCCCUUCUCCUGCCGGUUGCCAUUCUGCUGCAUCAACUAGGCCGACCUUCACUGAGAUGUGACACACUGUAGCACAAAUAAGACCAGCAAAACUGGAUCGAGGAAGCUCUCCCAGUGUCUACGGUACGGCUGAAACAAGGUCGAAUUCGAAUGUCAUCCGCAGAGAGAAGGAAGUGGACACGGUGACACAGUGCUUGCAAGUGUCCGCUGAAGUGUGCGCGGGUCCAGUGUUUUCAGCGUGCCACUCCACAUCGGUUCAGGAUUCUAGUCUCCUGCGCGUGGUGUUUUUGUGUCAUCUAUCAGCCCCAAACAUCACACAAUCAAAUUCAGGUUGCUCCAAUAUUGCUGAUUGCCGCUUAAUGAUCUCCCUUCCAGCGCCAUCAACAUCGAGAAUGUUUGCCACCUUUUGGAGCCCCGGGAAGGUUGCGUUCGUUGUGUUCCUGCUAGCGGCAAGUGCCAUCAGUACCGAUGUGGAUCCCGCUCAUAAACCACACUCACGGCAGCCGCGUGGAUUGGGCUUCUUUCACAAGAUAACGCACAUCGGGUCGCUACUCUAUCAACAGUACAAUGACACCACCUACACGCUGAAGAAUGUCUACGAUCUGCUUAGCAAUGAGUUCACGGAUACCUUUACCACGACAACACCGGAUCCUCACACAACCUCCACUACACCAGAUCCGUCCACCAGCACCACACCAAAAUAUCGCAUCUCGCGAGCAGAGCUAGGGCGCAUCCUCAACCGCAACUACCGGGGUCUUCAGAAACUGUUCCGGCUGGAAUGGAAUGACGCUUGGAAUCAAACAAAGUACAACAUCGACGACUACAAGCGGGAACUGAAGAACUCAGCGUUCCCACCACGCAACAAAACGGCUGGCCCGAUCAAUGUCAACCUAACGGUGGAAGUUAAUGCGGACCUCAAGAAGAAGCCUUGAGAUGUGCGUACCGAAACCCCCGUUCCCAUACGUGGCGCAUUCUUCACUGUGAUAUUGAUAUGCAAGCUCGUCCCUUUUCGGAAUGCCUGGAGAGGAAGGUAGAACACUUCACCUGCAGCCAGCGCGCGACCCACACUUCCAUUUUCAUAUUAAAUUAGGAUAGGCUUAGCAAAAACUUGACCUGAGUAUGAUAGUAUGAUGCAUAUUCCGAGGGACUCGCAGGGCUUAGUGUAGAAGGGAUGUUUACGUGUGUUUGUUUGUUGUGUAUAUAGCGUGUAACGUGACGUGUACGUAAGCAUCGCCGGGGUGAAAAAGAAAGGUUUCGUUGUAACUAGUUUCGUGCUCCUAUUCUAGCUGGUGUUGUAAUUAGGUUGUAAUAGAUCGUAAUCUGAGUGUAGAUAACAGUG